UACACCGCUUCUGUUACACAGCUUCUGUUACACAGCUUCUGUUACACUGUGUCUGUUACAUCGUGUCUGUUACACCACUUCUGUUACAUCGCGUCUGUUACACCUCUUCUGUUACACCGCUUCUGUUACACCGCUUCUGUUACACCGCAUCUGUUACACUGCACCUGUUACACCACAUAUUUUACACCUCGUCUGUUACACCAUUUCUGCUACACUGCAUCUGUUGCACUGCAUCUGGGACACUGUGUCUGUAACUCUGGACUCUGGAAUACUGCAUCUGGUCAACUGUGAUUGUAUCACUGUCACUGUCUGGAACUCAGUGCCAGGAACUCUGGAAAACCACACCUGUAACACUUUGUCUGUAACACUGCAUCUGGAACACUGUGCUUGGAACACCACUUCUGUAGCACUGCAUCUGUGUUAAACAGCAAUGGCGUCCCCAAAAUUAGGCUCCGUCUCAAACACCCCUCCGUCUAAACUGCGCCGCACCAAGAGCAAGAAGAAACACUUUGUCCAUCAGAAGGUGGAGGUGUUCAGGGCCAGCGAUCCUGUGCUGAGUGUCUUCAUGUGGGGCAUCAGUCACACGGUCAGUGACAUGGUUCAUGUUCCUGCGCCGGUGAUGCUGCUGCCUGAUGACUUUAAAGCCAACAGCAAGCUCAAAGUGAACUACCACCUGUUCAACAAAGAAAACCUCCCUGGACACUUUAAGUUCAAAGAGUACUGCCCGCAGGUUUUCCGAAACCUCCGAGAGAGAUUCGGGAUCGAGGAUCAGGACUAUCAGAUGUCUUUAGUGCGCAGUUCCCCCCUAAAGGACAGCGAGAGUCAGGAUGAGCAUCUCCUGCUCUCCUCAUACGACCGAUUAUUAAUCAUCAAACAGAUCUCCAGUGAGGAAGUGGAGAACAUGCACAACAUCCUGUCCGAAUAUCACCAGCACAUUGUAAAGAGUCACGGCGUCACGCUGCUCCCUCAGUUCCUCGGCAUGUACCGCGUUACCGUCAACAACGAGGACACCUACUUCAUCAUCAUGAGGAACAUGUUCAGUCACCGGCUGACCAUCCACACGAAAUACAACCUCAAGGGCUCUUUGGUGUCUCGUGAAGCGAGUGAUAAAGAGAAGGAGAAAGAUCUGCCCACGUUCAAGGACAUGGACUUCAGGAACAACAUGCAGCGGAUUUACAUCAGCGAUGAGGAGAAGGAGAAGCUCAUGGAGAAGCUCAACCGUGACGUAGACUUCCUCGUGAGGUUAAAGCUCAUGGACUACAGCCUGUUGUUGGGGAUUCAUGAUAUGGACAGGGGCGAGCGAGAGGAAGAGGAGGAGGAUGAAGACUCAGCGUGUGAAGAGGAGGACGAGCAGGAAAACGACGUGUCCAUGUUAGCAUCGGCGUCUCUCAGCACGUCACCUGAGGGCGGGGCUCAUUCUGUUCCCGCCCGUAAAACCGUCACUCCGGCAGUGUUUGAUCCGUGUGUGGAUGUUUACGGAAUCCAGAGUGCAGCCGGAGCUCCACAGAGAGAAGUUUACUUCAUGGGGCUGAUAAACAUCCUGACUCAUUACGACACCAAGAAAAAAGCAGCACACGCCGCAAAGACCGUCAAGCAUGGAUCAGGGGCGGAGAUCUCUACCGUUCAUCCUGAGCAGUACGGCAAGAGAUUCCUGGAGUUCAUUGCCAACAUCUUCACUCACUGAGUUCAUUUCAUUAUAAGUACUUUUAUCCACAGGCACAGACAGAGAGAGAGAGAGAGAGAGAGAGAGAGAGAGAGAUAGAGGGAGAGUCAAAUUACAGAGUUGCAGCUGCAGUGUGUGACUCAGCAGUUACAGCGCUGGGAUUUAAACUCAGAACCUUCUGCUCACUACAGCUGAACACUAACCACUGCUUAUACGAAAUGUUGAAAAUGAAAAAAAAUUCACUGGUAAAUUCUUUUCUGUACCUCAAUCACUUUGUACUUUAGUGUGAACUGAUAUCAUUUUAAAAAAUAGGGUCAGAUGUAAUAUUAAAUUGCU